ACAAAAGUUUGGAUUCCUGACCCUGAUGAAGUGUGGAGAUCAGGAGAAAUUAUCAAGGAUUACAAAGAAGGGGAUAAAAGCCUACACCUGAAAUUUGAAGAUGACACUAUCUGCGACUAUCCAGUUGAUCUCAAAACCAACCAACUGCCCUUCUUGCGUAAUCCAGAUAUUUUGGUGGGCGAAAAUGACCUGACAGCUCUAAGUUAUCUCCAUGAGCCUGCUGUCCUACAUAAUUUAAAAGUCAGAUUCUUGGAAUCGAAUCACAUCUAUACCUACUGUGGUAUUGUGCUUGUUGCCAUUAACCCAUACGAACAACUGCCAAUCUAUGAACAAGAUGUCAUCUAUGCAUACAGUGGCCAAAACAUGGGGGACAUGGAUCCUCACAUCUUUGCAGUGGCAGAAGAAGCCUACAAGCAAAUGGCUAGGGAUGAGAAGAACCAGUCCAUUAUCGUAAGCGGAGAAUCCGGUGCCGGAAAGACAGUCUCUGCCAAAUAUGCCAUGCGCUUCUUCGCAUCUGUUGGUGGCUCUGCCAGUGAGACCAACAUUGAAGAGAAGGUCCUUGCAUCCAGUCCAAUCAUGGAGGCAAUUGGAAAUGCUAAAACAACCAGGAACGACAAUAGCAGUCGCUUUGGGAAAUACAUUCAGAUUGGCUUUGAUAAAAGAUACCAUAUCAUUGGUGCCAACAUGAGGACGUAUCUGUUGGAAAAAUCAAGAGUUGUGUUCCAGGCAGAUGAUGAACGAAACUAUCAUAUCUUCUAUCAGCUGUGUGCCUCUGCCAGUCUUCCAGAAUUUAAAGACUUAGCACUAACAUGUGCUGAAGACUUUUUCUACACUUCUAUGGGAGGCGACACAACUAUUGAUGGAGUUGAUGAUGCUGAUGAUUUUGACAAAACCAGACAUGCUUUCACCCUGCUUGGAGUGAAAGAGUCCCAUCAGAUGAGCAUUUUUAAGAUAAUAGCUUCCAUCCUGCACCUAGGAAACUUGGAAAUUCAAGCAGAACGAGAUGGAGACUCUUGUAGUAUAUCGAAACAGGAUGAACACCUGAAUAAUUUUUGCAGAUUGCUUGGAGUGGAGCACAGCCAGAUGGAGCACUGGCUGUGCCAUCGGAAGCUUGUCACAACAGCUGAGACGUACAUCAAGCCCAUGUCUGUGCAGCAAGUCGUGAAUGCCAGGAAUGCGCUGGCCAAGCAUAUAUAUGCCCAGCUGUUUAACUGGAUUGUGGAGCAUAUCAACAAAGCCCUGCAUACCACUGUCAAGCAGCACUCAUUCAUUGGAGUUCUGGAUAUCUAUGGGUUUGAAACUUUUGAAGUGAAUAGCUUUGAACAGUUUUGUAUCAACUAUGCCAACGAAAAACUCCAACAGCAGUUCAACUCGCAUGUAUUUAAGCUGGAGCAAGAAGAGUAUAUGAAGGAACAAAUCCCUUGGACUCUUAUAGAUUUUUAUGACAAUCAGCCCUGCAUAGACCUUAUAGAAGCCAAACUUGGUAUCUUGGACCUAUUGGAUGAAGAGUGUAAGGUUCCUAAAGGAACUGACCAGAACUGGGCACAGAAAUUAUAUGACCGACAUUCCAGCAGCCAGCACUUCCAAAAACCUCGAAUGUCCAAUACCUCCUUCAUUGUUGUUCACUUUGCAGAUAAGGUGGAGUAUCAGUCUGAUGGAUUUCUGGAGAAAAAUAGGGACACUGUAUAUGAAGAACAGAUCAACAUACUGAAAGCCAGCAAGUAUCAAAUGGUAGCUGACUUAUUUCAAGAUGAAAAGGAUUCUGUGCCUGCUACUCCUAACAUAAAGGGAGCUGCCCCCAAAAUCAGCGUCCGUUCUGCCAGACCAGCUGUGAAAGCUGCCAACAAAGAGCACAAGAAAACCGUGGGGCACCAGUUCCGAAACUCCUUGCAUUUAUUGAUGGAGACGCUGAAUGCUACCACUCCACACUACGUGCGCUGCAUCAAGCCAAAUGAUGAGAAACUCCCAUUCAAAUUUGAUCCAAAGAGAGCAGUCCAGCAGUUAAGAGCCUGUGGUGUGUUGGAGACCAUCCGUAUCAGUGCAGCUGGCUACCCAUCCAGGUGGUCCUACCAUGACUUUUUCAAUAGGUAUCGAGUUCUUAUGAAAAAGAGGGAGAUCUCUAAAAAUGACAAGAAGUUGAUCUGUAAAACGCUUCUGGAAAACCUCAUUAAGGAUCCUGACAAGUUCCAGUUUGGACGUACCAAGAUCUUUUUCCGUGCAGGCCAGGUGGCAUAUCUGGAGAAACUGCGGGCAGAUAAAUUCAGAGCUGCUACUAUCAUGAUACAGAAGACAGUGCGGGGCUGGCUGCAAAGGGUGAAGUACAGAAGGAUGAGAAAUGCUGCAAUAACAAUCCAGAGGUAUACACGAGGACACCUGGCUCGCAGACUGGCAGACCACCUAAGGAAAACAAGAGCUGCCAUCAUUUUCCAGAAACAAUACCGAAUGUUGAGGAUCCUUCAUGCUUUCCAGAAGAUCCGCAACGCCACUAUCACUAUUCAGGCCUUUACUCGGGGCAUGUUUGUGAGGAAAAUUUACCACAAGAUCCUUUUGGAGCACAAAGCUACCAUCAUCCAGAAACAUGCCCGGGCCUGGCUGGCGCGUAAGCAAUUCCUCCGCUUCAAGUGUGCGGCUGUGGUCAUCCAAUGCUACUUCAGGCGCAUGAAGGCCAGGCAAGAGCUGAAGAAACUGAAGAUUGAAGCACGGUCUGCACAGCACUUGAAGAAACUCAAUAUCGGCAUGGAGAACAAGGUGGUUCAGCUUCAGAGGAAGAUAGAUGAUCAGAACAAAGAAUACAGGCACCUGAAUGAGCAGCUCUCUGCACUUACCUCUGCCUAUUCCACUGAUGUGGAAAAGAUGAAGAAGGAGCUGGAGCAAUAUCGGCAGAAUCGGGGGGAUACCAACCAGCUUGUAAACUUGAAAAAAGAGAUUGAGAGCCUCAGGCUGGAGCUCGAGAAAUCCCACAGUGAAAGGAAGAUUAUUGAAGACACCUAUGAUAAGGAGAAAGAUCUACUCCGAAAGCGCGUAUCAGACCUAGAAGAGGAGAAUGCUCUUUUGAAACAGGAAAAAGAGGAGCUUAACAACAGAAUCCUAUGUCAGUCUGAAGAUGAAUUUGCCCAAACCACUGUCAAGGAAAAUCUCCUGACGAAGAAGGAGCUGGAAGAGGAGCGAUCUCGUUAUCAGAACCUGGUAAAGGAGUAUUCAAGGCUGGAGCAGAGAUAUGACAAUUUGAGGGAUGAGAUGACUAUUAUAAAGCAGACCCCAGGACACAGAAGGAACCCAUCUAACCAGAGCAGUCUAGAGUCUGAUUCCAAUUGUCCAUCAGUCUCUACAUCUGAGAUAGGAGACACAGAGGAUGCAAUACAACAAGUGGAGGAUGUUGGUUUGGAUAAAGCAGCCAUGGAUAUGACUCUCUUCCUGAAGCUACAAAAGCGAGUGAGGGAGCUUGAACAGGAGAGAAAGAAACUGCAAACCCAGCUGGAGAAAAAGAAAUCCCAGGUAAUUGAAACGAAGAAUGAAAUGGAUUCAGACCGUGAUACAGAUCUAGCCUACAACAGUCUGAAGAGGCAAGAAUUGGAAUCGGAGAACAAGAAACUGAAAAAUGAACUGAAUGAGCUGAGGAAGACUAUUGUAGACCGGGUGACCCAAAACAACUCAUCCAGUGAUAUCCAGGACAGUUAUACCCUCUUAUUAAACCAGCUUAAAUCAGCCAAUGAGGAACUGGAAGUGCGGAAAGAGGAGGUGCUUAUCCUAAGGACACAGAUUAUAAAGGCAGCCCAGCAAAAAGACACUGGCAAAAAUAUGGACUCAAACAUCAACACGUAUACCAGCUGGCCAAACAGCGACAAGCAUGUCGAUGCUGAGGAUGCAAUUGAGGCCUACCAUGGGGUGUGUCAGACAAAUCGCAAGACUGAGGACUGGGGCUAUCUCAAUGAAGAUGGAGAGCUCGGCUUGGCCUAUCAGGGUCUAAAGCAAGUUGCCAGGCUCCUGGAAGCCCAGCUUCAGGAUCAGAGGAGAGAGCAUGAAGAGGAGGUGGAAACGCUGAAAACCCAGAUGGAAACCCUGAGAGAAGAGAUGGAGAAACAGCAGCAGGCAUUUUUCCAGACCCUACAGCUACCACCAGAGGCCCAGGUGGAAUUUGGCAUCCAGCAAGAAAUCACACGUCUCACAAAUGAAAAUCUGGAUCUCAAAGAGUUACUAGAAAAACUAGAAAAGAAUGAGAAGAAGCUGAAGAAACAGCUAAAGAUUUACAUGAAGAAGGUCCAGGAUUUUGAAGCGAUCCAAGCUACAGCACAGACAGAGAGGAGGCGACAUGAGCUUACCAGGCAGGUCACUGUCCAACGGAAGGAAAAAGAUUUCCAGGGAAUGUUGGAAUAUUACAAGGAAGAUGAGCCACUUCUCAUCCGAAACCUCAUUACAGAUCUCAAACCGCAGACAGUUUCUGCCACAGUUCCAUGUCUUCCUGCUUACAUCCUCUACAUGUGCAUCAGGCAUGCAGAUUACAUCAAUGACGACCAGAAAGUGCACUCCUUACUCACCUCCACCAUAAACGGCAUUAAGAAAGUAUUAAAGAAACACAAUGAUGAUUUUCAGAUGACGUCAUUUUGGUUGGCUAACACCUGUCGCCUCUUACAUUGUCUAAAGCAGUACAGCGGGGAUACGGGUUUUAUGACACAAAAUACCGCUAAGCAGAAUGAGCACUGUCUUAAGAACUUUGACCUCACGGAGUACCGGCAGGUUUUAAGUGACCUCUCCAUUCAGAUCUAUCAGCAGCUCUUUAAGAUAGCAGAAGGCAUGUUGCAACCAAUGAUAGUGUCUGCAAUGUUGGAAAGUGAGAGCAUCCAGGGUCUGUCAGGCGUGAAGCCAAUGGGCUACAGGAACCGAUCAUCCAGCAUGGUAGAUGGUGACAACUCUUACAGCUUAGACGCAGUCAUUCGCCAACUGAAUACGUUUCACAGCAUCAUGUGUGACCAGGGCUUGGACCCGGAGAUUAUUCAGCAAGUCUUCAAGCAGCUCUUCUACAUGAUCAAUGCAGUAACACUGAACAACCUCCUGCUGAGAAAAGAUGUCUGUUCGUGGAGCACUGGUAUGCAGCUCAGGUAUAACAUAAGCCAGCUGGAGGAAUGGUUGCGUGGGAAGAAUUUGCAACAGAGUGGAGCAGCAGAGACAGUGGAACCCCUGAUCCAGGCAGCACAACUGCUUCAGCUCAAAAAGAAAACUUCAGAAGAUGCUGAGGCUAUCUGUUCCUUAUGUACAUCCCUCUCUACACAGCAGAUUGUAAAAAUAUUAAAUCUCUAUACUCCUGUUAAUGAGUUUGAAGAACGUGUGACAGUAGCCUUCAUACGAAACAUUCAGGCAAAUCUGCAAGAGCGAAAUGACCCUCCACAGCUGCUGUUAGACUACAAAUAUAUGUUCCCAGUUUUGUUUCCGUUCAGCCCAUCCUCCAUAACCAUGGACUCUAUUCACAUCCCUGCUUCUCUCAACUUGGAAUUUCUCAAUGAAGUCUGA